UAAAUAGAUAGUUAAUAGGAAAGCUAUGAACAAUUAGAUAUUGGGGAUUUCUAUUGCCUUAACAAAAGAAAAAUAAAACCAUGUCACUAAUUAAGAUUUUUAAUACCUCUUUAAGACUUGUAAAAUGAUACAUUUUAAUAAAGUUUUAAAUACAAUAUUCCUAAACUUUGAGCAUAGAGGGAAUUCCUGAUAUGAAUAUAUGUAGUAUUAGCACACUCCGAUGGAAGCAUUCAUAAAUUGAAUAUUUGAAUUUCUAUCGUUGUGUAGUUUACUAGUUUAUGCCCAAAAACAUAGCCAAUCAAUUUAAGGGGCACUUCUCACCUGAUCAAGGAGCGAAUUAGGGGUGGACUCGGGUCGGGCGGCCCGCCCGGAACCGGCCCGACCCGGUCACUGUUUGAACCGGCCCGAACCGCCGGCCUGGCCAGGGACCGGUCCGGGUAGGCCCGACCCACUGGGGUUCCGGGCCGGACUCGGGCCCCUCAAAAGGUGAACCGGCCCGGCCGGUUCGGGCCCGGUCCGGGCCAAUUUAUUUAUUUUUCUUUUUUUUUUUUGAAUUUUUUUUAAGUUUUUGGGUUGGGCUGGGUAUUUUGGGCCAUUUGAGGUGGUUUGGGGGUGAGGGGGGAGGGUUGGGGGUUAAUUAGGAAAAGCCAAAAAAAAUUAAAUUGAACCGAGGCCCGGCCGGGCCCGAACCGGCCCGAGUCCACCCCUAGAGCGAAUCAAUUCUCCAAUACUCGGCUUGAGCAAUUUCCGAAUAUUGUCGCUUAUUGUCAAGCUUUGAAAAUUCCUUCUGACCAAUUGAAAAAUGUUGAUUUUCCGGUCAAGAAUGACCGUCUCGUUCUUCGUCUUGUGCGUGGUCUGCCAGCACACUAUGACACUGUCGCCUCUUUCAUUCAACAGACGGUUCUGCUUCCCGAGUUUUCUAAAGCACGAUCGAUGUUUUUGCUUGAAGAGGCUCAGAAGAAUCAACAACAUGGUAAUACAGACGCUGCCAUGGUCCAUGUUGGGCCUCGUCCACCCCCACCUCCUCGUCCGGAUAAUCGUGUUACCCGUCCUCGUGGCCGGAACCCCUCUCGUGGCGGCAGAAACCGGGCUCUUACUUGCCCCGAGGGUCCGCGACAUGCGUUUGAUACAUUUGCCCAACCCGGACAAUGGCCGUUUCCACCAUGGUCAUACUGGCCGACGGCUCCUUGGGCUCCUCCUCCAUGCCCAUAUCCGGCAGUACCAUGGAAUGGGGCUCCUCCUUCUCCUUGUGCCUCUGUCAGCAUUCUUGGGCCGGCUCCUCACCAAGCACAUUUAGGAGGGCCGUCUACCACUCCUACUGACAUCACGGCGGCUAUCCAUACCAUGCCACUCUCUCAGCCGGAUCCAAAUUGGUAUAUGGAUACGGGCGCCACGACUCACAUGACGUCCUCUUCAGGUACUCUUACGCCCUAUUUUAAUACUUGUAUUAAUGCACGCAUCCUGGUUGGCAAUGGUCAUUCUAUUCCAGUUUUGGGUCAUGGCCAUACCACCCUUUCCUCAUAUACUCCCCCUCUAUACUUAAAUAAUGUUCUCCAUGCACCUCAA